AUGUUUUAUAAAUAGGAAUUUACAAUAUCAUUAGGUUAGCUUGAAGAAGAUUUGAACUGUGAUGAAUUAUCACCAUCUCGAUAAUUUGAUUCAUUUAAGAUGAUAAAUCAAUUAUUAAUAAAAACAAAGGAUUCUGUAGAGUAGAAAUUUAGAUAAAUAAAAAGAAGAUUGAACCAUCACAAAUCUGAUAUUUAAAGGUUAGUUUAACUUCAUCGUAUUGAUGAGAAAGUUAAUGAAACUGAAAAAAGAGGUGCAACUUAUGAAAGGCUGCCUAGUGAUUUAUAGAUUGAUUCAUAAAUCAGAUAAGCAAAAAGAAAAAAUAUAAAAGUUUCAGAGUAAAGUCUUAGUAGAAAUAAUGUAUUAGAAUCGAAUUCAUCAUCGUAUAGUUCAAAAUUGGGUUCAAAAUAAAAUUGCGUGAAGGGAAUAUUAAAGAAGUAAACAUUAGAUUCAUCAUUUUCUGAUAAUAAUUCCAGAAGUAGUAGUAUUAGUAGUAAGAAAAGUGUUAAGUUUAAUUUAUAAAAACCAGAUGUAAGAAAGGCAUUAAAUUAAUGGAAAUGA